GCCGCCAUUUAUAUUUCACCGCCAUUUUACAGCAACCCAGCAGAGAUUAGGGUACGAAGAUGACGGCGCAUAUGGAAAAUCAACUUUGCAAGCUGUUUGUCGGUGGUCUUAACGUCCAGACCACCGACGACGGGCUGCGAAAUCAUUUCGAGCAAUACGGGACUCUCACGGACUGCGUGGUCGUGCAGAACCAGCAGCUGAAGCGCUCGCGCUGCUUCGGUUUCGUGACCUACUCGAGCCCCGAGGAAGCGGACUCGGCCAUGGCGGCCCGCCCGCACGUUCUGGACGGGAACAACGUCGAGCUGAAGCGGGCCGUGGCUCGGGAAGAUGCGGGCAGGCCCGAGGCCCUCGCGAAGGUGAAGAAGAUAUUCAUCGGCGGUCUUAAAGACGACAUCGAGGAGGAUCACCUUCGCGACUGCUUCUCCCAGUUCGGCGCGGUGGAGAAGGCGGAGGUGAUCACGGACAAAGAGACCGGCAAGAAGCGGGGCUUCGGCUUUGUGUAUUUCGAGGACAACGACUCGGCCGAUAAAGCCGUGGUGCUCAAGUACCAUGUUAUUAACGGGCAUAAAGUGGAGGUGAAGAAAGCCCUGACCAAGCAGGAGAUGCAGGCUGCUGGGAGUCGUGGUGGCCGCGGCGGA